CAGCUGCCCGCUCCGCUCCGAGUGGCCGCGCAAGCCUACCUGAAUCGGGGCGCUCCCGGGGCGGGGGUGCGGUCGGUCGUGCAAUAGGAAGCGGAGCGCCUUGCAAGCUUCCCGUGGGACGCCCGCUAACCUAACCGGUCACCAAGUCUGGUGGCAUUCCCAGACGACCUCUCCGGUUUUUCCAUUUUUCGGUGCUCCAAGUUCCCCUGCCAGUAGCAGCCAUGCCUCUGAGCCGCAGUCUCUCCAUGUCCUCGCUUCCAGGGUUGGAAGAUUGGGAGGAUGAGUUCGACCCGGAGAACACAGUGCUUUUCGAGGUGGCCUGGGAGGUGGCCAACAAGGUGGGUGGCAUCUACACUGUGCUGCAGACGAAGGCGAAGGUGACAGGGGACGAAUGGGGCGACAACUACUACCUAGUGGGGCCAUACACGGAGCAGGGUGUGAGGACGCAGGUGGAGCUGCUGGAGCCCCCGACUCCUGAACUGAAGAAGACCCUGGAUUCCAUGAACAGCAAGGGCUGUAAGGUGUAUUUUGGGCGUUGGCUGAUCGAGGGGGGACCCCUAGUGGUGCUCCUGGAUGUGGGGGCCUCAGCCUGGGCCCUGGAACGCUGGAAGGGUGAGCUCUGGGACACCUGCAACAUCGGGGUACCCUGGUACGACCGCGAGGCCAAUGAUGCCGUCCUGUUUGGCUUCCUCACCACCUGGUUCCUGGGUGAGUUCCUGGCCCAGAACGAAGAGAAGCCCUAUGUGGUUGCCCACUUCCACGAGUGGUUGGCAGGCAUUGGCCUAUGUCUGUGCCGUGCCCGGCGCCUGCCGGUGGCAACCAUCUUCACCACUCAUGCCACCUUGCUGGGGCGGUAUCUGUGUGCCGGCGCCGUGGACUUCUACAACAACCUGGAGACCUUCAACGUGGACAAGGAAGCCGGUGAGAGGCAGAUCUAUCACCGCUACUGCAUGGAGCGCGCAGCCGCCCACUGCGCUCACGUCUUCACUACAGUGUCCCAGAUCACCGCCAUUGAGGCUCAGCAUCUCCUCAAGAGGAAACCAGAUAUCGUCACCCCCAACGGACUAAACGUGAAGAAAUUCUCUGCUAUGCACGAGUUCCAGAACCUUCAUGCGCAGAGCAAAGCUCGAAUCCAGGAGUUCGUGCGUGGCCAUUUUUAUGGGCACCUGGACUUCAACUUAGACAAGACUUUGUAUUUCUUUAUCGCUGGCCGCUACGAGUUCUCCAACAAGGGAGCUGAUGUGUUCCUGGAGGCCUUGGCCCGGCUCAACUAUCUGCUCAGAGUGAAUGGCAGCGAGCAAACCGUUGUUGCAUUCUUCAUCAUGCCGGCUCGGACCAACAAUUUCAACGUGGAGACCUUGAAGGGCCAAGCCGUGCGCAAACAGCUAUGGGACACAGCCAACACAGUGAAGGAGAAAUUUGGGAGGAAGCUUUAUGAAUCCUUACUAGUGGGGAGUCUCCCGGACAUGAACAAGAUGCUGGACAAAGAGGACUUCACCAUGAUGAAGAGAGCCAUCUUUGCCACUCAGCGGCAGUCCUUCCCCCCUGUGUGCACCCACAACAUGCUCGAUGACUCCUCAGACCCCAUCCUGACCACCAUCCGUCGCAUUGGCCUUUUCAACAGCAGUGCCGACCGCGUGAAGGUCAUUUUUCACCCAGAGUUCCUCUCUUCCACAAGUCCCCUACUCCCAGUGGACUAUGAAGAGUUUGUCCGUGGCUGUCACCUUGGGGUCUUCCCCUCCUACUAUGAGCCCUGGGGCUACACACCGGCUGAGUGCACAGUCAUGGGAAUCCCCAGCAUCUCCACAAACCUCUCCGGCUUUGGCUGCUUUAUGGAGGAACACAUCGCCGAUCCCUCAGCUUACGGCAUUUACAUCCUUGAUCGGAGGUUCCGCAGCCUGGACGAUUCCUGCUCACAGCUCACCUCCUUCCUCUACAGCUUCUGCCAGCAGAGCCGGCGACAGCGCAUCAUCCAACGGAACCGCACUGAGCGGCUGUCAGACUUGUUGGAUUGGAAGUACCUAGGCCGGUACUACAUGUCUGCGCGACACAUGGCUCUGGCCAAGGCCUUUCCAGAACACUUCACCUACGAGCCCCAUGAGGUCGAUGCUACCCAGGGGUACCGUUACCCGCGGCCAGCCUCCGUGCCGCCAUCACCCUCACUGUCUCGACACUCCAGCCCACACCAGAGUGAGGAUGAGGAGGAGCCCCGGGAGGAACCCCUGGGGGAAGACAGUGAGCGUUAUGACGAGGAAGAAGAGGCCGCCAAGGACCGCCGCAACAUCCGAGCACCUGAGUGGCCACGCCGGGCCUCCUCUUCCUCCUCCACAGGCGGGAGCAAGAGAAGCAACUCAGUGGACACUGGGCCCUCCAGCUCCCUCAGCACGCCCACCGAGCCACUCAGUCCUACCAGUUCCCUGGGCGAGGAGCGCAACUAAGCCCCUCGCACUCCACU